CUCACAGAGGAUUGAAAUAGUUUAAGGUUUUUGAACAAUCUUAGAUUGAAAGAAAAUUAAAAGAUUUAAAAACGAUUUUUUUAUUAAACGAACUGUAAAAUUAUCCUUAUAUUUUAACGCGGGCGUUAAAAACGUAAUCAAGAAAACAAAUUCAAUAAAAAUUAAGUAAAACACCAAAUAAAUUAAAUGACCCGGGAGCCAUGCGGAUCCAGCGGAGUCUAGUGUUAGCAGCAUUUAGUGUCCUACUCUUGGGCACUUUGGUCCACAGUAAAGCUCUACCAAAUGGCCAACAGCAACAACAUCUACAACAACUACAGCCUCAACCAACACAAUUACAGCAACAACAACAACAGCAGCAAUCUACACCAAAUAGAAUUGUAUUCGAUCAACAAGCCGCUGAAUCACAAGUGCCAAAUGCCCAUAUAGUGCAACAACAAAUCGUUCCACAACCCGCUUUAGUACCAGCUCAAAAUACUCAAGUCGUACAGCAAAGAAUCGACUUAGAGGCUCUACACGAUCUACAUCACGUGCAUGAUCAUGAACACCAUCAUCAUCAUCAUGAACAUAAUCCAGGUUUUUGGAAAAAGAAGGUAACUUGGAAGGAGGGUUGGAAGAAGAUUUGGAAACCAGCGAAAAAACAAAUUUGGGUGCCACAAUGGAAACAGAUCUGGAAACCCGUCUGGGUGCCUGUAAAAGUGCCAGCUUGGAAAGAUAUACAGGUGCCGGCUUGGAAACAAAUCUGGAAACCGGUGUGGAAGGAGGUACAGGUGCCGGCAUGGAAGGAGAUACAAGUGCCUGAUUGGAAAAAGAUCUGGAGACCCAUAUGGGUGCCUACUAAAGUGCCGGCCUGGAAAGAUAUACAAGUGCCAGCUUGGAAACAGAUUUGGGUGCCGGUGUGGAAAGAAAUACAAGUACCAGCCUGGAAGGAAAUACAAGUACCAGAAUGGAAACAAUAUUGGACCCCUGAAUGGAUUAAAGUGGGCAUACCCGGUGAGAAAUAUCUGGGCAAAGAUCACGAAGGUUGGGAAUAUACUAGUCAUGAUUUGUGGAAAAAGAAAUUAGUGUGGAAAUCCCACUGGAAAAAGAUAUGGAAACCAGCCAAGAAGCAAAUUUGGGUGCCUAGCAAAAAGUUGGAAUGGAAAGAAGAUUGGAAGCAGAUAUGGAAACCAGCCAAGAAACAAAUCUGGGUAGAAAGCAAAAAACUCGAAUGGAAAGAAGAAUGGAAACAGAUAUGGAAACCAGCCAAAAAACAAAUCUGGGUACCCGACAAGAAACUCGAAUGGAAGGAAGCCUGGGUUAAAAUCUGGAAACCAGCCAAGAAACAAAUCUGGGUGGAGGAUAAAAAACUCCAAUGGAAGGAAGCCUGGAAACAGAUAUGGGUGCCUGGCUGGAAAGAGGUAUGGGUACCGGAUUGGAAAAAAAUCUGGAAACCAGUUAUUAUAUCCGAAUGGUUCCCCAUCGAUGAUCAUCAUGAAGCACAUCACCAUCAUCACGGUCAUGAAAUAGUACAUGGUCAUGAAAUAGAACAUGGUCAUGAGAUAGAACAUGGUCAUGAAAUCGAGCACAUACAUGCCAUAGAACAUGGCCAUGGCUGGGAUCGUAAAGAUGCCCAAAAUAAUGACAAAGUAGUGUGGAAACGUGAUGAUAGUACAGCUAAUAAAUCCACCCAAUUGCAACCGGUACAAAGUACAGAUUAUCAAAAUAAACCUGCCGAUAAUGCACAGGACGCUAGCCAGCAGCCACUCAAAUUUCCAGCAGCGUGAAAUCAAGUCUAGCUAAUCGUUAAACAAUAACUAACGUUUAUAACGUUUUGACUUCUUUAACCAGCCAUGAUUUACCAUACAAAUUUUCCAUUUCCUCUGUUUUGCUAUAACUCUGUAAAACUUGUAUAUAAGUAUUAUAACUUAAUCUUUCCAAGCUGUUCUUCUUUUCCACUUUCUUCCUUUCCAUCUCUUGUGCUGUUUAUAGUUUAAGUUCUUUUUUUAAAAAAUGCUCUCUAACACUGUCUCUUUUGUACGCUGUAUUUACUCCCGUGCAUACAUUUCAAUUUAAAUUAUUU